AUGACCUGGCAAUAUCUGGGACUUUUGUUUCCAAAGGAUCCCAAUGAAGAUACAGAAUGGAAUGACAUAUUAAGAGAUUUUGGGAUCCUGCCUCCAAAAGAAGAGGUGAAGGAUGAAAUUGAAGAAAUGGUUUUACGUUUACAGAAAGAAGCAGAAGUGAAACCUUAUGAAAGAAUGAAUCUGAAACAACUCAAAGAGGCUGAAGAUGAUUUUGAUGAGGAAGAUUUAAAAGCUGUUGAAGUGUACAGGAAACAACGUUUGGAAGAACUAAAAACUCUACAAAAGAGGCAAAAAUUUGGAGAACUGAAAGAAAUUUCUGGGGAUCAAUAUGUGAAAGAAGUCACAAAUGCGCCAAAAGAUGUGUGGGUUGUCAUCCAUCUGUAUAACUCAAGCAUUCCAAUAUGUGCACUGGUUAACAGACACCUCAGCCUACUGGCCACAAAAUUUCCAGAAACCAAGUUUGUGAAAGCUGUUGCCAAGAGCUGUAUUGAAAAUUAUCAUGAUAGGUGCUUACCUACAAUAUUUGUCUAUAAGGAUGGUAAAAUUGAAGGCAAGUUAAUUGGAGUUAUGGAGUGUGGAGGAACAUCACUUACAGUAGAAGGCCUCGAAUGGAAGCUGGCAGAAUUUGGUGCUAUAAAAACGGAUUUAGAAGAAAACCCCAGAAAAGGUGUUAUGGACAUGAUGAUGUCUUCGCUUAGAAAGGCUUCCAUAGAUGACAAUUAG